GGGCGCCGCUUCUACCUAGGACCAAAUUGCGGCCCCAGAAACGAAAAAUUCUUUCCGUUGACCCUCGUCGCGGAACGGCGACUGGUGAUGAUUAUCAGUUUUUUAUAGAUGAUGAAACUUGCGAAGUUUGAGUCACGAAGAGAAUUAUGAGCAGGAACAGGAUUCGAACCUAGGAUCCUUGAUUUUCCUCGGCACAGCAUCUGCCAGUCAGAGCUUCUAUUUUUAAAAAUUGAACUUUGAGAAAAACGACACAAACAAUGCAUCAAUUUGUCUUCGAAAAUGACACAAAUACUGAAGGAGAGAAGGAAGAGGAAGAAGAAGAAGAAGUCGCCACAAUAUCCUUUUACCAUUUUUUUGCCCAUCAAACCCCAGCCACUCCUAUAUCUGACGCUACGGCUCAACUCUGGACCGGGAUCUAGAACCCUAGUGGCCGGCAGGGGAUUCCUGAGGGCAGUCUGACCACUGGACCACUGUCAUGCAACAGUGUUACUGUCGGCCCGUGCUGGUCCCUGAAUGUCUGUUAUAGUUCUGCAAUGAGGCCGUGGUACUGGCAAUUGCAGUUCAGGACCAUGGACAGCACCUCUCUCUCUGCCUCCCCAGCCCUGAGCGAUCACCCCUGCUCCCAGCUCCUGGUGAAUGGCCUUGGUAAACAACUACUUCCUAAAUCCAACAGAUGCUUUUCAGCCCUUGUCUUAAUUGACCUUUCUAAAGCGUUUGUCUUUGCUAACACAUGCAUCUGUUAUUUUUGUUUAAAGACCAUUCCCAAAGAAGGAAUAAAAAUGUCCCCCUAGAAUUUAGCGGUGUGCCACACCGUUAAAAUGAAGGGACAAUUCCUGGUAGCUAAAACAUAUUAUUAAAACACUGUAUUGAUAUUGCUUCUUUGCUUUUCAGCGGGCUCUUAGAGGGCAGGAGACAAGUCUUAUUCAUCUUUGUGUCCAACAUGUAUUGUAAGCCAGAGUUUGUAAACCCAGAGUAAAUGCCUGCCACUUGUCAGCUGGAUGACCUUGGACAAGUUAUUACCUAACUUCUCCUUGCCGCUGCUUCCCCAGCUGUUAAACGAGAAUCCCAUUAGAGUCCACCUUAUAGAGUUUCCAAAAUAUUAAUUCAGUUAGUACAUUUAAGAGUGCUUAGAACAGUGCCUGGCAUAGAAGAAUUAAAAGUAUUACUAUUUUCAUCCUCAAUAUUUUAUAUUGCUGAAUAAAACAAUGAGCAUCUAUUAUCACCAGACACUAGAGGGUGUAGGUCUUCAUCCCACCACCUGGCUAGGGCUACUGCUGUAUAUUGACAGUAGUUUGAAUCUACACUGUCCUACUCAGGGCACCAUGAACUUUGGAAUUCCUGAGAUUUGCUUUUCCUGGGUCCCAUCCUGUUAUAUUGACCCCACUCUCCCAUCCCACCCCUUUCAGUUGUGUAUAACCUUUUCUUUUCCAGUUGGAUUCCUGCCACCUUCUGUCACCCUCCAGUCUCACUCAUAAUCUCUUAUGUUCACACUGGAUGAAGGGUCUCACCUGUGCAAGUGAGCCUGGCAGCUCCUGCCCCCCUCAGUGAUUCAGCCCAGUUUACCUCCUCCUCCCUUCCUGUUCCCAUAAUCUUUCUUCCACCAGUCCCUUAACUGGCCUACUGGCUGCUAGGCACUUCCAGGUCCCUCCACCAAAAUGUCCUUGCUCCCCCGUUGCUCAGGGAGAUUUUAACCGUCUUUCAGAGCUUGAAUCAAAUUUAUCCCUUCCAUAAAAGCCAUUGUAUUUCUCCCUCCCUUUCCUGAACUACUACGUCAGCCUCUGAACCCUAGAGAGCUUCUCUGCAGUUCUCAUUCCGUCUCACCUACAUCAGUUCUAUGCUCCUCGAGGUUCAGGUCCAGGUCAUAAACUUCCCACCUGCCCACACUCUCAACACCCAUCUCGGGCAGCCGCUCUGCAAGUUUCAGAGGGCAAGCCCUUUUCUCUCUCUGAGGCUAUUACUCCCAUCAGCAGGAUGAGGCUAAGAGUACCUGGCUCCCUAGAUUUUAUUAAGCGAGGCGGGGCAGGGAAAGCGCUCGAGAGAGCCUCACGAGUUUGGUGGGGGCUCCCGUGGCCCUUCAGCAGCGCGGGUCUGUGGGAACGCGCCUGGGGCGGAGCCGCGCGGGGGCUCCUGGGAGUUGUAGUCCGUGCCAGAGUUCGCAGUCUCCGCAUGUCCCGCACGGAGGUGGCAGACUCGCCUGGGAAGGUGGCGGGGGCCUGCGGGGCGCAAGGCGCUGGGCCCUGCGCCGGCCCCCGGCGGCGAUGGAACCGAAUACGGGCAGCGGGACUGGUCCUGCCACUGCUGCUGGGCCACCUGCUGGCACUGACCGUCGGCGGGGGCGCAUUCUACCUCGAGGUCCGCGAGCUGGAGGAGAAGUGCUUCAUCCAGGAGAUCCCCGAUGGCACCAUGGUCAUAGGUAACUACAAGACCGAGCUAUACGACCCUGCUAUGGAAAAGUACCAGCCCUCCCCUCAAUGGAUCAAUUUGUUCGUGUUUGUGAAGGACCCUGAGAACAAGAACCUGCUGUCCCGUCAGUACGGCCCUCAGGGCAGCUUCACCUUCACCUCCCAGUCCCCUGGAGAGCACCAGAUCUGCCUUCACCUCGAAUCCAUCCGGUUCGCCCUCUUCUAUGGUGGUAAGCUGGCCAUUCACUUGGACAUGCAGUUGGGUGAACGCACCAAUGAUUAUACAGAAUUUGCGGCCAAUGACAAGCUGACCCUGCUGCAUCUGCGCAUACAGAAGCUGGUAGAACAGGUGGAGAAGAUCCAGAAGGAGCAGGAGCACCAGAGGGAAUGUUCUCAGACAACAUGCUCCCUCUGCCUCUCUGUGACCCUUGGGAACAGAAGAGUAGACGGUGACAGCAAUGAGCAUCUGCAAAGAGGGGUUCUUAACCGGACUCCCAGCUCGCUCUCUCCAGCUCUCCUCCCACCCCUACUUGGCCUCCCUCCUCACUGGCCCCCAAGACACGCCACCACCCCAGGAGCCUCAUCCCUUCCCUGCCUACCUGAAGCUUCCUCCGCAUGGCAUAGAGACCCUACUUGAAUCAGUAGUCAAAUCCUUCCUUGGAGGCUGCAGAGCAGGGCCCGGGGCUCAGCGCCAACGCACUCUUACUUAAUCCCACCUGCCCCUCCCUGAGCAGCCCUGCCUGGCUGGAAGGGUCCUGCUCUCUACCGGCCACAACCCUCACAGACGGUGUCCAUCCCUCAAUAGAAAAAAAAGUAAAACUGGAAGCAGGGCCUAGAGGACUCAGGCUGGAGGUUGACGGCUAUGGAGGGAAGAAGGAGGAGCAAGGAAGUGCCCGUGGGACUGGAGGAUGGAGAAAGGCUUCCAGACUGAGCAUUACAGCCCGCAGCAGAGGGGAGAAGAGCGUGAAUUUCUCUAGGUUCCUACCUUCCAGCCUUUUGUUUACUUUUUUUUAAAGCACUUGUUUUGUUUUUUGGGGGGAGGAGGUAAUUAGGUCUGUUUGUUUGUUUGUUUUAAUGAAGGUACUGAGGACUGAACCCAGGACCUUGUGCAUGCUAGGCAUGCGCUCUACCACUAAGCUAACAGAAGAGUGCUGAUCGAGGGGCUGGCCCUAACCUUGACUGUGCGGUACAGAUGACUAAGACUCUCUCUUGGGAGAGGAGCUUCCAGUGGGCUGGGAGAGACAUAUACAUAGAACUAUGCCUGGGAGUCAGGGCUGAAGAACUAGGGAGUGAAUGGUGUGCUGUUGGCAACCAGGGGAGGCACAGAGGUAACCAUCCACAGCAGGUGAGCCCUGGAAAUCUCCAGGCCUCAAGCAGAAUGCCAGAGCCACAGCCCCAGAACUUCUGGAGUGGUGAAUGAGUAGUGCAGGGAGGUAGAUGAGCCCAAACAGGAUCUCAGAGGGUCAGCGGGGCAGAACUGCAGGGAGGGGCAGCAGCACUGGGACUCAGUACCAAGAAGAGGCUUAGGACCAGGGAGGAUGAAGGGGCAGGGGCAGUAGGGGAGGGGAGUCAGGAUUCAGUUAAGCUAUGAAAGGCUGCCCGGAGGACAGCAGUAGGCAUCUGGGGGCUUGGGGAUAGGUGGAGAACACCAAGCAGAGUGGGUCAGAGGCCAAGUAGCCUAGAGAACCAGCUUUAGAGGCUGAGCUGGAAAACACAAAGCUGAGAGCCCUGGGGAUUGUGACUUGAGCUGUUACCAGCUUCUAACAGUCUCACAAACAGCUCUAGGCCCCUCCAGGUCCUAGUGCUCCAGAGAGCACUGUGGGCCCCUGCAGAGUUUGUAUCUACCUGGCAGUUGGACACAGACCCCACAGGGGCCCCAAACAGCACCAGGUGGGAGAUGACUGUCCCAGUAACUGUCCUAAGGGCCCCACCCUGAUGGAGAGCUCCGUGUCCCCAUCUGCCUAGAACCUGGUCCAGCCUGGCCAGGUCCCUGUUGUAACUGGAAGGAGAUGAGGCAGAAAAACCCAAUGUUGACUUCAAACGGGAGCAAACACAUUGCCAAGAGUUUUAUAGCCAUUGCUCCUUUAUAUGAAGUAGUAUUUCUGCCUUUCUAUAAGAUAAAAAUGUUUGCUACCACUUUAUAGAGACAGCUGGACUUUCUCCAAAUUCAGAGGCAAUGUUUGGCGUAGUCUGACUUAAAAUAUGAGCUAUAUUAUACACUUGAAAUUUGAUUUUAGAGGUAUCCAGGCAUUUCAUUUAUUUUUACCAUUAUAAGCUGGAGUGUGUGGGCAGGGGACACCCCUGUAAAGACUUCAAGUGAGAUUCAGAAAUGUACAUUAAGUUAAUUAAAUUACGUUGAACUUUGCCUGCAUUUUACAGGAGGGGAGGGAGUGGUGGCUCCAAAUCUUCAUUGCUUCCUCCCAAGCAACUGCUUUUGGUCCUCUGUUUACUGGAAUGACAUACUAGAAAGGACUCCUCAUGACUCGCUGUCUGCCUCGUCCCCCAGACCCACCAAAAACAGCAAAGAAAAUGAGAAACAGCAACUCUCUGCCUCUGAUUAAAUGAGGGAAAACCUCAAACUCCAGACUCUAAGAUAAAUAAGGAAAACUGCUAAGGGCAGGGAACACUUGGCCAUCCAGGGAGACCUUCAAGGCAGGGCCAGUGCAGGCCAGACCCGUGCAGGUGGAUGGCCAGCCGGAGGGUGGGGAGAAAACAAGCACUUUUGACCCAGUAGAGUGGGAAGAGAUAAGGUGCUGGGGAGAUAAGAGGUCACAUGAAGGACGUGGCAAACAGCUACCUUGGCUAACAUGGGCAGCAGGGAGGGACUCCAGAGGAGGGAGCAGCUCUGAAGCUGCCUCUCUUGCUCAGCUCAGCAGAGAAGUCAGCAGCCCAAUGGCACACGCCUGUCCAGGGAGGCAUUGGCAUGAGAUAGUGCAAACACCCUGGCUCCUCCCCAACACAUCCUUGUGAAAACAGCUCAUCCAAGAAGAUUCAGCCACAGAAUGACUAG